CGGCCCGCGUCCGGCAUGCAGGCGCGGCGUCUGGCCAAGCGCUCCAGCCUGGGCGGCCGCCGCGGGGGCGCCGCGCUGCAGCCGGUCGGGCCCGCGCCCGCCAGGGAAGCCGCGCUACUGCCCGCCCUCCCGGCUCCCGGCCCGGCCCCGGAGAGCUGGAGGCCGCCGCUGCCCCCGCCGCGCGGCGCGGGCUCCGGCUCCUCUCGGGCCGCGGGGGCCGCCGCCUCGUCGCCCGUUCUGCUGCUGCUGGGCGAGGAGGACGAGGACGAGGAAAGCGCGGGCCGGCGGCGCCGGGGGCUCGGGCGCGUGGAGGAGAAGCCCCGAGGGGGCGCGGAGGAGGAGGAUGAAGACGAGGACGACGAGGACGAGGAGGUGGUCGUCGAGGUGGUGGACGGCGACGAUGAUGAGGAGGAUGGUGAGGAGCGUCUGGUGGCCCUCAGACCCGGCCGCUCGCUCCCCAAGGGCCCGGCCCGGGGCGCGCUGAAGGUGGGGAGCAUUAAGCGGGAGAUGACCUUUACAUUUCAUGCUGAGGACUUAAAACGUGACUCCAGUAAGAAAAUGUCUCAUCACCUGUUCCCCUUGGCCAUGGAGGAAGAUAUGAAAAUGGGAGACACCAAAAAAGCCAGUCGGGUUCUUGACCACGAGAAAGAAAACACUCGUUCCAUCUGUCUCCUUGAGCAAAAACGAAAAGUUGUUUCUUCCAAUAUUGAUGUCCCUCCAGCAAGAAAGUCUUCAGAGGAACUAGAUAUGGACAAGGUGACAGCAGCAAUGGUACUAACCAGCUUGUCAACCAGCCCGUUGGUUCGAAGCCCUCCUGUGCGGCCAAAUGAGGGCCUCAGCGGGUCCUGGAAGGAGGCGGGGUGCGUGCCGUCCAGUACAAGCAGCAGCGGCUACUGGAGCUGGAGCGCACCCAGCGACCAGUCCAACCCCUCCACGCCGUCGCCGCCGCUGUCGGCCGACAGCUUCAAGCCCUUCCGCAGCCCCGCGCAGCCGGACGAUGGCAUCGACGAGGCGGAGGCCGGCAACCUGCUCUUCGACGAGCCCAUUCCCAGGAAAAGAAAGAACUCCAUGAAGGUGAUGUUCAAAUGCCUCUGGAAGAACUGUGGCAAGGUGCUGAGCACUGCGGCAGGUAUCCAGAAGCACAUCCGGACCAUCCACCUUGGGCGUGUUGGAGACUCCGACUACAGCGAUGGGGAAGAGGACUUCUACUACACCGAGAUCAAGCUCCACACGGACUCGGUGGCAGAAGGACUGAGUGGCCUGGCUCCUGUGUCACCCUCCCAGCCCCUGGCUUCGCCUCCAACCUUCCCCAUACCUGAUUCAAACAGAACAGAAACUCCUUGUGCCAAAAGCGAUGCUAAGCUGAUGACACCAUUGAGCCGCUCGGCUCCCACCACGCUCUACCUCGUGCACACCGACCACGCUUACCAGGCCACACCCCCUGUGACCAUUCCAGGGUCAGCCAAGUUCACCCCCAACGGCAGCAGCUUCAGCAUUCCUUGGCAGUCUCCCCCAGUCACUUUCACAGGCAUUCCGGUGUCACCAACACACCACCAUCCUCCAGCGGGCACCAGCGAGCAGAGACAACACGCCCACACAGUCCUGUCCUCCCCACCCCGAGGGGCCGUCAGCCUAAGGAAGCCCCGAGGAGAGGGCAAGAAGUGUCGGAAAGUAUACGGGAUGGAGAACCGGGACAUGUGGUGCACCGCCUGCCGCUGGAAGAAGGCCUGCCAGAGGUUCGUGGACUGAGCCCAGAGCCUGAGCCCAUGCUGCCGCUGCCCGUGCCUCCCACUGAAGGUGUUGGGAAGAGCUGCUCCUUCCAAACGACACUUUCUCGAGGCCCAGGGAAAGGACUUCCAGGAACAUUGGUGGAAUUGCAGCAAAAACAAAACAAAAAAUCACCAUGUUCCACUGCUCUUACUGAGAAUUCAGCCUAGAACAGAAAAAAUGGUUCUCUUCUUUUUCAAAAGAAAAGUGAACUUUGUUUGCUGUGAAUCUAGGUCUUAAAUCUGUGGACUUCUAUAGCAAUUGAACCAACCAAUCCCAUUUUUACCUAGAAAGGCACAUUUUGAUAAACUUUCUGAAUUAUGACAUUUCUGAGAUUUUUUUGACACUUAAGGAACAAACACUUAAGCUCCAUGUUAUUCAGUAGCAUUUGUACAAAGAAUGAAAGGAGGUAUCCUUUGUGAAUAGCCUUUUCCCUGCUUUUCCUUUGACUUCUUGGAGCAGUACGCAUCAUGAUGUGUUGCAGGAAAGAGCAGCACUCUGGGUAUCUUUUCUAUGUCUGUUUGGUUUGGUUUGGUUUUCAAGAUCGGCCCCCAAAUUGAACCAUGGUAGAGUUCAAGUUAGCUUGGAGGGCCCCAGAUGGCAUAAGCUCAGAAAGCAAUUGGCAGUGGAAAUCACCAGCAGACUUCAGCCCCCAGCUGAGUUGAGGACGUCCUGCUGUCGCCAUUGGGAACAUCCAGGAGUUCCUUGGAUCCAUACGAAGCUCUUCCCAAAGAGGCAGCACAAUGAAUUCUCCACCUACCACAGCUCAGACAAGAACUGGCACCUGGAGUCCCCUGGGUAAGCCUGCUUCUUUCAGGGCUGUGACGGAACUGCAGCUCAGAUCUGUUCAGUACCACUAGCCCAUCCAGGUUGUAGCCAGGUGGAGUCAGCGGUCCUGCCCUGCAGCCUCUACCACCACCUGAUCGAUCCCAGGAAGGGGAGAGAACUCCAGACUGUCCCUGAAGGUUUGCUUUAGACAAUAGAGCACAGCUGACCUGUCCCCAUCUGUUCAGAAAGUGACAUCAGGUCAAUAAACCGGCUUCCAUUGCUGAGUGCACUUUUCUAGGUUUUAUGCUUUAGUGUAUCUGGGAGAUGGGUUUAUGAACAAUAUAAACACAGAAAAAGGGUUUAAACCUUUAUUUUUCUUGUAAAAUUAUGGGAGCUAUUAAGAAUUUGCAUAAGGAAACACCAAAAGGAAAAUGCAUGUUGGUAUAGGAAUCUCUUGUUUAGUAGGGCCAGGGCUCGUGCUGUGUGCUAGUUAUCGGAUCGCUGACCUGUCAUGCUUGUUCGCUGGGGGGGGGGGGGGCACAGCUGUCCACAAGUUCCUUUGCUAUCUGCCCUGCUCGACGUUGCCCUUUGAACAACUGGCCUCUCCUGUACCUAUGCAAAGAAGCCGGAGCACCUUAAGGAGGCACUGUGUGGGGGUGGGGACACAGGAUCAGCCACAGGAAUGGCAAAUGGAAUUGCACAGGGGAGAGCUUAAUAUAUGUUUAGAGAAUGUACAUAUGCUUUUGUAAAAGAGUAGAAAGAAGUCACCUAAUAAAGAGAGAGACCCUUUUCUAAUAUAAGCAAGGAUAUGUAAGGUGGUUCUAUAGUGCAGCAUCCAUAAUUUGCAUAUUCAUAUAUUUUGGCAAUUUUAUUUUUUACAUGCUCAUAUGACUUUCUAAAAAUUACUCCUUGGAAGAGAUCCUGGUCUUUUCCUUUAUUUUUUUUUUUUUGAACACUUCAAGAGAAAAGUUUCAUCCAAAUUCCUAUCAAAGUUACUAGUCAAUAUUAGUCACAGAGGUGCGCUCUAUGUCCUGGUACUUACAAAGUGAGCCAGGAAGCAGCGUUUCCCAAGAUGUAGAAAUGUGUUCGCUUUCUCUACCCCGCAAUGUUGGUUCUCGGUGUCCUGUCCCUGCUGCUGUGACGCAAGCCGGGCCCUGGUUCCAGGAGGCCCAGGCCAGUCCAUGCUCGGUCAAGUUCAUCAUGUACUAAACUUAAAUGACAGUAGUCAGGGUGCAGUCCUGCACCAGAGGUUUUUCUUCUCAGCGCAGCUCCCUGGCCUUUGAUCCUUGGAUUAAGUCACAAAAGUGAUGGGGGCCAAAUCCACUUCCCCCUCAGCUACUGGAACACGGGGCAGGAAAGGUCUCUGCUGGGGAGCGAGGCUCUUUGGCAGUCCCCUCCAGACACAGCCAUGAGCAGCAGUUCUGAGCUCAGGCCUCGCUGAGCCGCCUCAGUCCUUACAGCCAGUCCUCAGCCCCGCCCAGGUGUGAGCAGGGACUGCAGAGUCCCACUCUUCCCUGGGAUUUUUUUUUUUCCUAAGGACUUGUGCAUACAGAUUCUUCUCCAUCUCCUGCCUGCACUGGUGCUCCGUUUGCUGACCAGCCCAGGGCUCUGGGUACUUUUUCUGGCUGCCAGUUGUAAAGAGACCCUCAGUACCUUCCUGGACCUGCAGACACCCAUUCCCUGUACCAAGACAUGUAAGAACUAGGAGCCCACCAAGCCACUCCUGACUGGCCUUGAAGAAAAGGGAUUACACUUUUUACAGGCCACACAGCGAGCUCUGAACUGCAAUAUACCGCUACUGGUUGUACAAGUUAAUUUUUUUAAAGUAGUUUUUUAUUUUUGGAACCAAAUGAAGUGCCAAACUAAGCCAGACUUUCACUUUCUGCCAUCUCUGUGGAACUGAGUACUUCUAAUGUCUGCACUUGACAGGUCGGGGGAGAAGGGGGAGAAGAGCAAUCCCAGGAUGAGCCCAUCCAUCUCAGGGUGCUCAGGGGCCUGUCUGUCCAAAAGCAGUGGCACUGCAACGGAUUCUGGUCCAGUGAAAAUGUUUAAAGUUUGUUUUCACCCUGAUGCCCCCGGUUUCAAAACAGUCUCGAAUUUCUCCCCAAAGAAGGCAUUUCCUAGUGCCUGACAGGCCAUUCUCCAGCUAGCUGCAAAGCAAAGCAUGUGCAGCAGGCGAAGUUUCAAGCCUUAGUCUUCCCAGAGUCUGUACAACAUGUGCAAGGCAGGGAGACAACCUGGGGGAAACACGAGGUGGUCAGGGAGGAGAUGCAAGGGCACUGUGGUCACCUGGCUCCUGCUCAUCUUCUUGGGGCCAGUGAGCCAGCAGGGACUGUCCCUGAGCAGCUGCCAGGCUUGUUUCCACCUCACUUGCUCCCUUGGUUGGCAAAAGUCAGUGGCAGGAAGAGAAGAGUGGUGGGUUUCUGACUGGGAAUGUGCAUCCUCAGCUGCAGUGCAUCUGUCAGCAGCUCCAAGUGCAAACAAGGUGCCCUUUACUAGACAGUUGCUGCCUGGUCAUAAGCAUGCUAUGGGUGAAAACUUUCAGUAGAGAAUGACACUUGGACUUUGUGUUGCAAAAAAAAUCUGAAACUGAAAUGUGCUCCAUUAAAUGUCAAGAUCACGCGAGCUGACGUCGCUAUCUGGUGUCACACCUGGACACCCUCUGCAUGCAGCCCUGGGUUCCGAAUCAGCCAGCACUGCUGAACUGUACCACCCCCUUCAUCAGACUGUUGGAAAACGAAGUGCAGCAUUCACUUGAGAAGGCUCAGAGAAAAGUGGCAAGAAUUGUACAUAUGAAAGAGAAUAAUACCUUGAGAAUAGUAGCAAAAUACUGUAAAUAUUAUUUCCUCAGGGAAACAAAGGCUAUGUGAAAAUAGAUCUAGAGAAUCCUAAGUCUAGGAAGAAUUUUUAUUAUCACUGAAGUCUUUUCUAGUCGGAACAACUUUUUUCAUGUGAAAAUGGUAUCAUUUCAAAACAAGUUUCCAAGAACCAGACAGUACGGACUUUGGGAGCCAUGGGGCAGAUGUCCCAUGGCAGAGCUGUCCCUUGGGACCUGGCCUGCAGCCUAAGGCCAACAUCUGAACCACGGCCACAGAGCCUGGUGGGUGUUCACAGACUCCAUGAGGCUUUUUCUGAAUGUAAUUGUGAAUAUGAAGCCUUGCCGUUCCUUUUUAUAAACACCCAGUUUGGGUGGCUGUUUCUUAGCUGUAAGCAGAAUUCUGUAGGUGAGAGCAAGCCGUUAAAGAUGUGCAUUUUGCUUUAAUAGCAUGUUAAGGAGCAAACUGCCAUGGACUUUUGUGGACAAGGUGCUGCUUUUUCUCACAGCCCCGUAGGAUUUCUGUCAACCACAUCAGCUGUAGCACUGACCUGUGUGAACACAGGGAAGAAUUUGUGCAUACAAAUGAGUGGAAACAGCAGGAUUCAUGAAUAAGAAUGAGGACGCAGAUCAUUUUGGAGAACGUGCUGGGCACAUAGGUCAACUGGAAAUUUCAUCUCUCUAAGGAACCCUACCAGCGGCACACAGACUCUUCCUGUUCCUCUACUUGUAGGGAUUUCUCCACAUUGGACCUGUUUUGUUCUGUCCUUUUUGCAUUGUAACUCGCCAAACCCAGAGUCAGUAAAUAAAACAAGAUUCGCACUUUUAGGUAUCAGUCAUGUUGCUGAGUAAUGCACAUCAAUUGAGCAAGAAAGUAUAAAAUGAAUUUAAGACCACCUGGUUUGCUUACUAUGACUGACUUUGGAAAAGCCCAUAUCCAAUGAUAUACAUGCUUUAAAAGGUGUAUCUAUUAUAGGACCAAGAAUCAAAACGGGAAUUUUACCUCUGGUCCUAUUUUGUAAAUAGUUCCUUUUUUUGAAGACAAUCUCAUGUUUUAUAACUUUGGUUGUGUGGGACUGAGAAUCACAAUGGUAAUGUGUUGUGGCAAAAUGUAAUCUUAAAUACAAUAAUAAUUUUCCAAAUGAAACAAGAAAUAUACUGCUUAGGCUUCUAUAAAUCUAAGAGACAUGACACUUUUAUAAAAGCAUUAGUACUCAACUUCUCAAGUUAGCAGAACUGGAAAUAUUUUACAAGAUGCAGUGUUUUGUAAUCACAAAGAACAUGAACAUUUUGUGGGAAAUGACCUUGGUUUUAUACAUUGUAGCUUAUUUUUUAAAAUACAGUAUUUUACCAGACAGGAAGUAUUAAUAUUAUACACAAUUCCUGUUCACCAACAAAGGGCUAUGCCUCUUCUAAGCAAGUGUUUUGAUGCAUUAUCUUUUCAGUGAACCCUCUGCAGCGAGGGGAGAAGGCAGAUAGGAUGGGAUGGUUAUUUACAGGAGAAUCAGGAUAGCAGCAGCCACUCCUUUAUCAUCACCAGUAUGUCUUCAAAGCAUUUUGGAAAAAAGACAUGUGAAGAAUUGAUUGUAUGUAUUUUAAAUCUAAGAAAAAAAUGUUAGCAGAAAUGUUCAUAGGCCACGGGAGAAAUAUUCUUGUAAAUUCUUUAUAAAAUGAUAAACUAUAUCACAAGUUUUCCACUCACCCUAUCAAAACCACCAACAUGCAUUUAACUAGUAUAUAGCAUUGCAUGAAAUUUUCUAAAAUCAUAGUAUGUACAUCCAAAGAUAGCAUUAAGAGAUCUGUAAUAUUUAAAAGAGGUUUGUCCUCAGCACUAACAAAACAACUUUAAGUUCCUUUUGGGAACAAGUGCUUGAUUUUUUUCCACUGUGAAGAACUCCCAGGCACACAAGGUUGUGAGCAGAAAGUAUGUCCAUAAUUUGGGAAACAGGGAGAGGAGCUGAGAGCUUAGUUGCUGCACAAGUAAUUCUGAACUUUGCCAAAACCAUUUCAUAACGCUGUACCAUUUUUUCAAGCCCACUCACUGUUAUAACAAGAAAGUAUCUUUUCAAGAUUUUAGUAAUUUGAAAGAUUCAAGAUUCUAGUCUAAUUAGCCAAGAAUACUGACACUAUCAAAACAGAAGCUGAGAUAGAAUAGCCAUAUGCCUAUGAGCAACCCUUGUGGAAUGGUCAGAAGGUCACCAGGAUGGACCUUGGUUCCAAGUAGGCUUUAGACCUGCACACACGAGGACUGGGAAAGCACGGAGCUAGGAAAAAACUCGUGUGGCCUUGGCUCUCGGUCUCUGAAAUGAGGCAAACUCUCCUGCUUGUCCAUCGUUAUCUUCAUUGUUAGCAACUGAGUUCCCGAGAGAGUUGAUUGCCGCAGUUUUCAACCCAAUGAGCCCUAUUUCAUCUUUGAAUAGAAGCUUCCUAGUGGUGUAGAGCAGAGGUCGCAGAUUAGGAGGCCUUAGAAAGGCCAGGUGAGUCUGUGACUGAUCAUGCACAUCAGGCAAAACAGGGACCCUAGAGAACGGGGAAGACGUGCUGAACCCCAGCACACACAUCUCCGGGAAGGAGACCAGCUCAGCCAGCCAGCCAAUCGGAACGCGCAGCAAUCAGGCCCAGGGCUGCCUGUUCUUCUCACUUAGAAACAGUACUGGGCCGGGGAUUUAGCUCAGUGGUUCCGUCGCUUGCCUUGCAAGCACAAGGUCCUGAGUUCGAUCCCUGGUACCAAAAAAAGAAAAAAAAAAAGAAACAGUAUCACCUGACCCUGAAGUGUUGACAACCGACUCGCGCUCUUGGCCAACUGCAGACCAAAGAGAAGCUGUCGGUGGGCAGGCACAGCCUGCAGCCACAGGCUCACUAUUGAGAAAGCAGGUUCCCCUCCCCGGCUAUCGGUUCCGUUCCUCCGUCAGCCCCACACUCACGUGUUGCCACUAUCUGGAUAAUUUAAAAAGGAGAAAACAGUCACGUCUCCUGAGAAAUUAUUCUCAUUGAAUAUUUUUUAAAUCCUAUCAUUAGACCAGCUCUGCCUCUAAUCCACAUGCUCCGAGCUCAGUGAGAGCUGCCCGCAGGCACACCUGGGCGGUGCCGUGCCGCACUGAAUAACUGUAACCCUAGCGUAGCCCUAGUUCUCUUGCUGUUUUCACUGCCGUGACCACUGUGACGAGGGGCUGGCAAGGAGACGCAGCCAGGACCCCUGAAGUUUUAAGGUGGCACAUGGUGCCGCCUGUGCCAAAGCCCUCUGCCGCCCUCUCCAUGCUCCUCCGGGAAGCGCCCUGCCUCAUCAGUCUCCCUCCAGUGCACUGCGACUGUCGCUCACCUCCCGCUGGCAGGCACUCAGAUGAGGCUCACUGGAACGAGGGGUUUCUACACAGGAAAACAUAGCACCUUUGCCCAAGGGCAAAAGCAAAGUGAGAAUAAAUGUGUCAUUAAAAAACGGGAGCAGAUAAGUCGCUUUGUUCAAAGGCACUAUUUUAAACUAUCUUACACUGGAGUCCCGAUGACAUUAGGAUAAUCAUCUAAGAUAAAGUAUUUCUCUUUGGACAUCUAUUAUUUGAUUUUCUUUUUCUAAGAGCCCGGUGUAGAGUAGGAAUACUGAGGACCACUGUUGGCACCCACGCAAAGCCACUCAGAGUAGUCCUGAACCUCAGAGGCCUUACUGCCACAGAGCAAUGCAAGGCAGGCAGGGCUGGUGACAGGGCCAGCUGAGGCCGCAGUCCUGCAGAAGGGCUCUAGACCUGAGACCCCCCACCUGCCCCAUGUUCUCAACCCUCGCUUGCACGUACCCCUGUUGCCAAGUGCAAACUUCAUCAUCCCAAAUGUAUCCCCUUCCUAUAGCUGCCGUGCUCCUAGCCCCAGCCAGAUAAGCAGUUGAUUGCGGGAGUCUAUUAACUAAAGCAAUAUUCUGAGUAAAAGUUUUGAUUCCCUGGGAAAUUUUUAUUUUGCUACUAGCAUUCAACAUAUUCUAUCUAUAUAAAUAAACUUCAACUGAUGCCAGAAAAUAUCAGCUUAUAAUUUGUAGUGAUCACAUCAAAAAGCACAUAAAUUCAGAGUUGGAAAUGCCUGGUGAUAUUAAGUCAUGUUUAAAUUUUAAUGUAAUUUAAACUGUUGACAGAUGCUUGAGACUUCUUUCAUUGUGAAUGACUAAAAUGCUGUCCAAUAUAUGAACAAGCAACUUCUCCACUUAGUUUAUCAGGUUUAAUAUCUUGAAUUUAUAGUAAAGUCACCCACAAGAACUUUGUCAGAGUUAGAAGGCGCCUCAAAAAGCCAUUUGGGCCUGUCACAUACUUUAUUAACUCACUCUUUGAUGAAUGAUAUUUUUAUUGUUUCUGAAGUACCAGAGGAGGAAUUGGCUUAGCACUUCCUUCCCUGAUGGAAAAGAAGUCCGUGUGUAAUGGUUAUCACCAGCGCCAUAACAGGAGCAUAGAAAGAGCCAAGUGCUAGGGAACAACAACAACAAAAAAGCUAUGCCUCCAAAACUGGAUAGCUACAGAUUUUUAAGGAAAGUGCAGAUUAUGAUUCAAUUACAGUCCACACAAUUAACUACUAACUUUCAGAGAGAAGAUCCCCUCUAUGUUAUAAAAAUGCUAAAAAUUAAAUCCUGGGUUUAAUUAACUGUCACAUUUUCUUACCAUGGCCAAUUCUCUAAAUUUUUAAUGCAAAAAAUUAGCCGAAGUAGAAAAGAGCAACUCCUGAGAAAGGCAAGGGAGCCAUCAUUAAAGAUUUCCUUUGGGACAAACAAUAAAGUACUCAUCUAUUUGCUCCUGAAGUCUCUCUCUCUAUCCCUGACUGAUGAAGAAAAUCAGCACUCAAGAAGAAAUUGAGCUUUGAGAGAGAGAGGAAAGAACAGUCCCCAUUCUGUUUGUCAGCCUUGUUUUCCACCAUCUUGGCAACCACCUGUUCUCUCCCUUAGUGGCCUCAUCUCCUGAGCCAGAAGGCAGACCACUGUUCGGUCCCUUCACUUCCGAAGCCAUGGAUUCUUGUGCUACUGAGUGCUCUCCCUUAAAUUAAGGUCCAAAGUGAUACAUGGUCCUGGGAGAGGUACACUGGGCCUAGACAGUGUGGCUGCCCGUUUCCUGGAGAUGAAACAUUUCCAUCUGAACAGUUUUGGGUGAUCUUAAGGAGAGUUACUCAGUCAGCUCACAUGCCACGCUGGUCAUAAAAGAUCUGUUCAGACUCACUGGUAGACAGUGACGAGGUAGACACCCCCAAGCCCUCCACACCAGGGCCUCCCCACCCCUCCCACACGUGGACCAUCGGAGUGAGCAGAGCCCAUGACCCGUGCUGGGAUCUGCACCAGGAGGGGCCCUGGGCAGAACAAGAGGCUUUGAGUUUAAUUAGGCUCUGGCCUCUGCCCACAAUUUCAGAGCACAGAUACAGAACUGGCCUUCACUGUGGGAAAAGUAGCUCCUGCAGGGUAGAGUUGUUUUAAUGUUCUAUUUACAGAAAGAGAAAAGGACUCCAGUCUGCUGGUGGUGUUAAGCCCUUGCCCCUCACUCCAGCGGAGCCUUUCCUAUGCUUUGGGCACAGAAAACUGGAACAGGAAGGAAAGACGCGGAGCUCUUAGGGCCUGUGGCUGCUGGAGCCAAGAGUCUCAAUUACCCUCAGGGAUCUACAGUGGAGCUUCACACUGAACUACCCCCCCGCCACGCAUAACUGCAGAUUACACAUCCUUAUUUUGUUCCCUUAUAUUCUGCCUACUGGAAAUCAAUGGCUAUGACUUGACCAAGCCCUGUGAUGAUGGCAAAGUCCCUCUUCCGACAGCAUCUUGACAGGAAACUCCUUGAACACUGGUAGAAAGCUUUAGAAUAGACUUAGGUUUUGUAAGAGAAAAUUCAAUAACCCCAGAAUAUACUAGUUCCAUGACAUCAAUAACUGAAAAAUGCCCUGGGUGUAAACUCAGGAAUGUGGAUCAUAUAUAUAAAAGUAUAUAUACCAUUAAUCCAUAUUUUCCUACAAUACACCCUAAAAUUCCUAUUUUUGUAAUUAAUAGUUGGACAGUGGUCAGCUACUUAAACAAAUAUUCUCUGGAAUAACCAGACCCUAGUUUAGUUUCCAAAGCGUUUCAUAUAACAAAAUCCUAUAUACUUAGAAGAACAACUCAGGAUAAGGAAAAAAUUGCUAAGUCCCAAAGGGUUCAAGACUAUCAUCAAAUAUGACUUCCAAGUGGCCUGUGGUCAUUUCAUUCAAGCAAGGGGGCUGGGGUGAGAGAGAACAAAAGGAAUCACAAAACCUCUGUUGCCCUUAGUCCACGGUAAGGUUUAAGAAAACUCUGCUUUUAAAAUUAAGCCAUCUUUCAAAUUGUUUUCUAUACCAAAUCUACAAUAUUAAAAAGAAAUUACUGAAUAUUUAAAGUGGGGUAGUUAGUAGAAAUGCUAUCAGUAGAAAAAGCAUUGUUUUUUUAGUGCCUGCUAAACAAGUAACAAACCAACCACACAGACUGAAGAGCAAGCAGUCCUUCCUGUGGGACACUGUUGUUACAAUGACAAGUGUUAGCAUGUAUGGGCACUAAUUCAAAAGUGACGUGGCAAUGCUAUCCAGUGCUUAGAGAUUUUUGAAGUACAGUCUUGCCACCAUUCGGGGUAAGUACUUCCUUACAAAAGUUUUGGAUAUUAGUGAAUGAAUGUAUGGAAUUAUAAACUAUGCAUUUUCAAAGAGUAACAUGUAUUUUGUAUUGAAUCCAAGUAAAUUUUUUGCAUAGAGACUUACCACAACUGCAAAUUAUUCAAACUAAACUUGAAUGCAUGUCCUUAUGGGGACGAGGGAUGCCACCUUGUCCUUCUGCUUGUGUUUUUAAAGACAGUGCAUUGAAACUUCGCUCUGAAACUCCGGGCUCUAAACAACUAAGUCGCUGAAGUGAACAAUGGGAAAUGGUUUGUAUUUUACUUCUUAAGCGUAAAUGAGAAAUGCUGCCUCUUAGAAAAUGUGCCCAGUCCCUUAGAGGCAGGUAUUGUAGCAACACCAGAUUAGCAAGCAAGUGAAACUGUGGAGUUAACGAGUACUGCAUUGGAGAGAUACGGCAUAGGUUUCAUCGCCUGUGUUUCUCAAUCCAAGAAAAAGAAUUUCAAAAACUUUGGGUUAUAUGAUUUUUAAGGUCAAAAUAUUAAACUAUUGUCUGAAAAAGCAAAUAUUUUUUCAAAAUUACGUGAGGAUACUUGUGAUUUAAAAAUUUAUAUAAGCCACCUAAAUUUCUUUAGCCCCUUUGCCAAUAUUUUCAUGAAAUCUUUUCUCCUAAUAAUUUCUUUGCUCCUUAAUCAGUGCUUUACUACAUUACUCAGCAGCAUUUUUUUUAAUUCUUUCUUCAUCUGAUGACACAGAAAUAACUCCCUAUCUCUGCUAUUCUGGUUCUCUUCUGUCUGUUGAGAACGUUCUUCAACUGUCUGUACAAUAUGGAGAACACACUUCUAAACCUGGUACUUAGGAUCACGCUAGAUAUGUUUGCUACCUAAUUAGAAGUUAGUUUGGGAGGGGCAGUCUGUCUUUUUACGUGAUUUUGAGCCAAAUGCAGACGUUCUGAUACAUUUCAGAAUACUUUUCUGACUGUAAAUACAGCCUGUGGAGGUUCAGGUUAACCAGCCUUUUCUGUGACUGUUCUGCAGCCUUGCUCCUCGUCGCUCUUGGCACCUUGUAUAUAGAUUUGUUGAAUGUCUCAAUGAUGUUGUUUUUCUAAAUGCUGUUCUCUAAGACAAUUUUUUGAAUGUUUUUUGCUUUCCAUUGUUUUGGACGCUGUGUGUUAGUUUUACAAAAUGUUUCCUAAAUAUUUAACACCAGGAAAAAAUAUUUUAAAAUAAACUGGUGCUAAUUGGAACAGAAGGAAAUUUUCAGCUUUGAAGAUUUACCAGAGAAAAUGUUCACACCAGUUAAACUGCACUUUCCCAAGGAGACAGCUGGCAUCUACUUGAAAUGGCCAUCAGGAAGACCACCGAGUGUUUACAGUGUCUGUGGCCCAUGUGAGUGUAAAAUCCAGAAGAGGCUCUGUCCCCCGCCCCCAAGCGGAGGGGUUGCUACAUUGGUCCUCCAGAAGCAUUUAGGUAGAAGGAAACGCUUAGAAUAAGAAUCACUUUAGUAAUAGUCUUCUGGUCUUUGGACUUUCAUGUUCUGUAAUGCUUAGCUGUAACAAUGAAUAUGGUGUUGCCAAUCUAGUCUGACAUCAUCGUUGACCUGUAUUUACAUUGUGUAUGGUUCUACCUUGGGUUGUACUGGCACGAAUCAAGCCAGAACACAGGACUUUCAAUAAGACCAUUCUGACUUCUACGGUGUCCACACACAUGAAUUUAAAUGCACUUGUACCUGGUUAAUUACCAUGAAGUAAGUCUAACUUCCACAAUAAAAGUUUUUGUGUAUCUGCUUCUA